CUGCACCAAGUUAGAUCAUUCCUGGAGCAAAAGCAUGCCGGCGGGCCUUCGCAAGCGAAUAUGUCGCUUGCGGCAAUGCUUAAGUGGGGCCGUGAUCCCAGUCGUUUCAGAGAUCCUCUUGAUCAUGGACCGGCAGCCUUGGAAUUGCUUCUGAAGGAUGCUGUUGUCCGAGAGUUUCUUGAUGAGCGGGAGACCCCAUUAAGUGCUCGGAGAAGAGAAAGCAUGCCGCAAGAUGGAACACCUGAAGAACAAGUUCAACCGGGCUUUCUUUCCCGCAUUUGGACUAGCAUCGCCAAUGCUAUCGUUCGGAGGGAACCGAAUCCAUUCUAUGCAAAGCUCAAAUUCUCGCGUGGUUACGAAGAGCUGGAUCCGAAAGACAUGGCGCAGCAGGUUGUCUCGGCUGCCGAGGAGAGAAAGAGAGCACAGCGGGAAUAUCUCAUGAAGCAUCCUAACUAUAACAAGUCCUUGUUUAUAUUUGCUCCAGAUAAUCCCAUACGCCAUUUCUGUCAGCGCAUUGUCGGACCGGGGCGCGGGGACCAGCGCGUGCAGGGGGUGGAACCAUACAAGACCGUAUGGAUUGCGUUCUCUAUUUUCAUCUAUGCAGCUAUUGUUGCCAUGGUUCUGCUCGCAUGUAUAACCACUCCGAUUUAUCAGUGGAAAAACUUUCAUUCGAACUCGAACAGGAACUGGUUCAUAUAUACCGACCUAGGCUUCUCAGUCCUCUUCACAGUUGAGGCUGUCAUCAAAGUCAUUGCGGACGGGUUUUUUUGGACCCCUAACGCCUACCUUCGCAGUUCAUGGGGCUUCAUAGAUGGAGUCGUCUUGGUUACGCUGUGGAUCAACGUUAUCACCUCACUCUCUGAAGAUUGGCGUGUUUCUAGGGUGAUUGGUGCCUUCAAAGCCCUGAGAGCGCUGCGAUUGUUAAAUGUCAGCGACAGUGCAAGGAACACUUUCCAUUCCGUGGUUAUUGUGGGCGGGUGGAAUGUCAUCUCCGUAAGUCUAACCUGCCCUAUCUUUUAUGUUUUUUGGGGCUGACCAAGAAUGCUCUCCGUAGGCCGCUGCGGUUUCCAUGAGUUUACUCAUUCCUUUCGCCAUUUACGCCGUGAACUUGUUUAGCGGACAACUGGUACAGUGUAACGAUGGCAAUAUAAACGGGAGUUUGAAUUCAUGCAUAGACGAAUAUGCUAGUUCUCCCUACAACUGGGACGUUCUUGCACCGCGCGCGGCGUCUAAUCCCUUCUACGAUUUUGACAACUUCGGCCAGUCCCUCUUCAUAUUAUUCCAGAUUGUUUCUCAGGAAGGUUGGAUUGAUGUCCAGCAGAGUGUAAUGAGCAUUACUGGAGUAGGUAUGCAGCCGCAGAACUCAGCUUCGAAUUCAAAUGGCCUGUUCUUUGUCAUAUUCAACUUGCUCGGUGCCGUCUUUGUCUUGACACUUUUUGUGUCUGUGUUCAUGCGGAAUUACACAGAGCAAACAGGUGUCGCCUUCCUCACGGCUGAACAGCGCUCUUGGCUUGAAUUGCGGAAACAUCUCAGGCAAGUUUCUCCAUCCAAAAGAUCGGUUGACAGCGACAGCCCGCAGUGGAGGAAGUGGUGCUAUCGUGUGGCUGUCAAGAAACACGGUCGAUGGGCAAAGUUUGUGACUGUAACCCUCUUGCUUGACCUGCUACUCCUAAUUUUGGAAUUCUAUCCUGAAAAGCCGGUAUGGGAAAAAGUACGGGGUAGGUUCGCUUUCUAUUUAUUUAAUCCAGGCAAGGAGAGAGAUGCUGGGGACUCCAACUGACUGAGUCGCUACCAGAGGCGUUUUUUUUCUUCUUCACUUUAAUCUACAUGACAAAUGUCAUUAUUCGGAUAACUGGGCUGGGUUGGCACCGAUUCAGGAGGAGCUCAUGGGAUCUAUACUCGCUGGUGUCUGUACCCGGUACUCUUACGACGACAAUCCUCAGUUUCGUGAUGCCACAUAACCAAGUUCUCGUGGAGCUGAACAAACUUUUCCUUGUUUCCAUCACGCUUCUACUCAUUCCUCGAAAUAAUCAGCUCGACCAGCUUUUUAAGACGGCAGCUGCAAGUUUCACUGCGAUCGGAAAUCUGAUUGCCACAUGGUUUGUCCUGUUUCUAGCGUUUGCCAUCGCGAUGAACCAAAUCUUCGGUCUUACUAAAUUCGGCACCAACGAAAAUAGCAACAUUAACUUUAGAGACGUGCCCAGGGCCCUUAUAUUACUCUUCCGCACUAGCUGCGGCGAGGGGUGGAAUCAGCUCAUGGAAGAUUUCGCUACCAUGGUCCCACCAUACUGCACACAGACUGAGGACCAUUACCAGGAUGACUGCGGAAGUGCGGCGUGGGCGCGGACUCUCUUCAUUGCGUGGAAUAUCAUCAGCAUGUACAUCUUUGUUUCGCUGUUCGUUUCCCUUAUUUUCGAGAGCUUUUCGUAUGUCUAUCAGAGAAGCAGCGGGCUUUACGCAAUAAGCCGGGAAGAAAUCAGGCGUUUCAAGCAAGCGUGGGCCAUAUUUGAUCCACAUGGAACUGGAUUUAUUACGAAGCAACAGUUCCCUAGGUUGCUGGGGGAACUGACUGGUGUUUUUGCAAUGCGCAUCUAUGAGGGAGAUUUUAUGGUACAGCGUAUCCUGGAGAAGUGUCAGGUCGAUGUUCGGGACUCGAUGCCCUCUGAUGGACGAGUGGUGGAAGGCGUGGAUCUGGAUCACUUGUCUGCAAUCGUGCAACGGAUACCGGUCGAGGACAUCCGGAAGCGGCGACAGCGGCUGAACAAUUUUUACGAAGAGAUUCUCGUGUCUGCGGAUCCUGUGCGUGGUAUAUCGUUCCAUACGUGCCUUAUGGUCCUUGCGCAUCACAAUGUCAUCAACGACAGCAAGAGUCUGAGACUUGAAGAGUACUUGCGUCGCCGUGCGCGAUUGCAGCGGGUGGACGAAGCCGUUCGUCGAAACACGGUGAUCGGUUUUUUCGACACCCUGUACUGGUCUCGCAGAUUCCGGCAGCGGAUCAAUGAACGGCGGUCAGCUCGGAUGGAAGCGGUGCCGCAGUUCGAGGUCCCGGAGAUCUUGGUAGAUUACCAGGAUAGUGACAAUGAGAACGGUGCGAACGACGAUAAUAAGAGCAACCCAGAGCAGGUGGUAAUGGGAUCCGCUGAUAUUGCAUCCGCGAGCCGUGAUGGGGAGACGUCGCCGAUGCUAUCCCCGACAACGCGCAGUCGCGCAAACACCGGCACGUCGCAACACCGCGGUAUACCACUCCGGAUUAACACCAGUAUGGGCGGCCAGGCAUCAGCAACCAGCUCACCGACGGAAUGGUCGGCCAUCAGCCCGUCACUAUCGCGCCGCGUGGACAUGGAAGCUAUGUACGACCGGCCAGACGAAUCGGAUGCAUUGCAGAGACGCACAGCGGACCAUUCGCGGCAGAACAGCGCGAUGAGCGUGCAGGAUGUCAUGGACUCGUUGGACAACUCUGCGUGGGGCGAGAGCAUCCGACGCAGCUUUACACAGCGUCGGCCUCGAGGAGAAUGAACCUACGACACUUGUCAUAGAUGCGGAUGAUGACUAUAGGGGGAUUGGCUAUUUUGAUUAUUUCCGGGUGUUUUCUUUCUUUCCUUGCAUAGCAGUGGCGUGGGCAUGUAUAUAUUUUCGCUACCAUCUGGAUAGAUGUUUUACGGGCUGGUCUGUCAUGUGCGGCAAUUGAAUUUAUGAGUAGCAUGUUUCCAGCAAUAAAUAACCUGAGAAAGACGGCUGUACCAUGGGCGGAUGGAAGGUUCCAUGGAACGCAUCCCAGCACCGCUGCAUCCUGGUGCAUAGACUGGAUGAUAAGAUCAUCAGCCCGGAUGUCAUGGAAGAGUGGAAGAGGCAUGAUUGGAGGUGUUUCCCU